UAUGGGCACAAAGCCCAGACUCUGCACAUAGGCACGUGUGCUGCUCUUAGUUGGACCAGAGAAAAUCUGUGCAGUUUCUUGGAAGGUCAGUAAAUCACCUGCACCGGGUUCUCCCUCUUUAGUAUUUAUAUAUAAUAUAUUAUAUGAACGAGACAUCCCAAACACCGCCGAGCUGUAGUGCCUGCAGCAGGGAUUGUACAGACUGAAGACUCUCCGGCUGAUGUUGUUAAUGGGCGCUCACUGCUGCACUUAAUCUCCGCCUGGAGCUGGAGAUUUGCGUUUUAUUGAUUGGCCGCGCGAUUACCCGCGACUGUCGCAGCGUUUGACAAGCUCGCCAGCACAAGGGUCCCCGUCUCACUGUCCGGGAACCCCCCCAACAAUGGCAGCUAAUAGGGUCGGCAAAAGGCUCACAAAUAAGCCUCAUUCCCCGUCCAAGACAAGGGAUUCGAACCAAGGAAUCCAGAGGCGUCAGGCGCGGGUCACUGUCAAGUAUGAUCGCAAAGAGCUGCAGAAGCGCCUGGAUGUGGAGAAGUGGAUAGACGAGCAGCUGGAGGAGCUCUACCUGGGAAGGGAAGUAGAUAUGCCAGAUGAGGUCAACAUUGAUGAUCUGUUGGACUUGGAGACAGAUGAAGACAGAAGACGGAGCUUGCAGGUGACCCUGAAGUCUUGCACUAACAACACAGAGGUGUUCAUUCAGGAGCUUCUCUUAAGACUGAAGGGACUGCAGAAGCAAACUCUAUUGAAAAAGAAUGGACUGGAGUUCUCCAGUGAGGGGCACAUAGUGGAACAUGCAUAACCCACCAUAUCCAUCAGCAACACCCCCUGUCAGGGGCAAGUGACCAGAGAGCAAGGACUGUCUACAAAGCUACACAUGAGAAUGGAUGAAGAGUUGCUGAGACUUCAAACACUAAAAAUAGGCAGUUUCUGAUGACAUUUCUAACACGAGAAGAAAUUAACCGAAAAUUCUGUUUGUGUGCCCAAUUAUUUUACCGCUUUCACAGAUUGUGUUGCCCACAUGAACAUCUAUCUAAGUGCUACACACCCACAAAUGGAGUUUCUAUAAUCAUGCUAGUAAUUUAUAAGCUAGUCCUCUUUUACCUGUUCGUGUCAGGUUAUGUUCAGUACAAUAUUUUAACAUCAACACUUGUAUUUUACUUUAUAGAAAGUUCAUUCGGACCCUGUAUUGUACAGUGUUAUGAGAGAGCCAAAACUUUGUGGACGCUGCAGUGGGCCCCUGUAUUUCAUGGCCCGGGAUUUAGACAUCUCUGUAUAUUGGGGAGGAUAAUGCCCUGUAUUGCAGGGAAUACUGUACUGUACACAGUAAAGAACUGGCAGUUAGCUGAUCAGUAUCAUGUAGUAGUCUAUAGAAAUAUCUCUCUUCUGCCCAACAGACUUUUUUUUGUUGUUGUUAGUAUUAUAAAGAAUUUAUAUAAUUCGUAGACCAGUUACUCAGCCUAAUAUCUGGCCAAUUACCAACCCUUAUGUUUGAAUUAAAAAAAAUCUUU